GAAUCACAUGAAAAUGUAAACCAUAAAGUGUAUUUAGUUGUUGAAGCAAAAAGCAAAUGUUUGUAUUUGAUAUGCGAGGAAGCAAUAUAAAAAAAAACAAAGCAUUCUGGGUGAAGAAGCCGGUACGCCAUCUUUGAUUGAUCUGUUCUAGAAUAAGCUGUUUUCUGUCAAGAUGGAUGGAGAUAUGGACGUGAAACCAGAAAAAGAAAGGGAAAGGCACAGGUCUAGAUCUCGUGAGAGGGACAGGAAACGCUCCAGAAGCAAGGACAGAAGAAAGUCCCGAUCAAGGUCAAGAGACAGAGACAGGAAGAGAAAAUCCAGAAGUCGUUCAAGAGAUCGAAGCAGCAGGCAUACAAAACCUCCAAAGAAAAAGCCUUAUAAAUACUGGGAUAUACCUCCAGCUGGCUUUGAGCAUAUAACACCAAUGCAGUACAAGGCCAUGCAGUGUACGGAUGCGCUUACUGGCGCUGGUCAGAUUCCCCAGACUAUUAGUGUCCCCACAACAGCCUUGACACUGAACACUACAGUUCCAUUUGCUGGCAGUGCCAUAAGUAGGCAAGCAAGAAGAUUGUAUGUUGGGAAUAUACCAUUUGGUGUCACUGAGGAAGCAAUGAUGGACUUCUUCAACCAUCAGAUGAAGAUGACUGGUUUGGCACAAGCAGAUGGCAGUCCAGUGAUUGCAGUUCAGAUAAACCUGGAUAAGAAUUUUGCAUUUUUAGAGUUCCGUUCAGUAGAUGAGACCACACAAGCAAUGGCAUUUGAUGGGAUAAACUUUCAAGGCCAGUCACUGAAGAUCAGGCGGCCCAGGGAUUACCAGCCAUUACCAGGAAUGUCAGAAACGCCCUCAAUGGCAGUGCCAGGUGUUGUAUCAACAGUUGUACAGGAUUCCCCACACAAAAUAUUCAUAGGAGGACUACCCAACUAUUUAAAUGAAGACCAGGUUAAGGAGCUUCUGAUGUCUUUUGGACCCUUGAAAGCAUUCAACUUGGUCAAAGACAGUGCUACAGGACUUUCAAAGGGAUAUGCUUUCUGUGAAUAUCUGGAUCCUAAUAUCACUGACCAGGCCUGUGCAGGUUUAAAUGGCAUGCAACUUGGUGAUAAGAAAUUAAUUGUCCAGAGAGCAAGUGUAGGAGCCAAAAAUGCUCAGAACCAGGCCCCGGUACCCAUCCAGGUUCCAGGGUUGAACUUGAACCAGGGCUCAGGACCUCCCACAGAAGUGCUCUGCCUCAUGAACAUGGUGGUCCCAGAAGAACUGGAGGAUGAAGAGGAGUAUGAAGAAAUUUUGGAAGAUGUCCGCGAGGAAUGUGGCAAAUAUGGUAUUGUUAGAAGUAUGGAAAUACCUCGCCCUAUCAAAGGUGUUGAUGUGCCCGGGUGUGGCAAGAUAUUUGUGGAGUUCAACUCCGUCAUAGACUGUCAGAAGGCACAGCAGGCCCUUACGGGACGAAAGUUUGCCAACAGAGUUGUUGUCACCUCAUACUACGACCCAGAUCAGUACCACAGGAGAGAAUUUUAACUCUUGAUCUACAAUUUACAGUGCACUGUUCUGCUUAUAUUUACAUAGGAAUUCCAGCCUAGGAAAAUGAACUCAAAUCUUCAUCAUGCGAAGCUGUUGUAAACGUAGUUUUCUACACAAAGGAUAUUUUUGAAGUUGGGGAAUCCAGAAUGGAUCACAUGAAGGUUUUAGGGUUAGAAAGUUAAUAUCAGACCUUGUGCAGAUCUGUCACCAACUUCUGACUCGUUGUUACAUGGGACAAAUUUCGGACAAAAUGUUAUUUGUAGAGGCAGUAUCAUUCCUUCGUUUAUGCAUGUUAAAUACUGCGCCCUUUUAAAGUGCACUUUUAGUCCAUUGUCAGUCAUCUUUACCAUUCAGAAUGUUCACUCUGGCAUUAUGUAUAUUGUUUUAUAAUCAUUGUAUUAAAUAAAAUAUAUUGGAAUUAGAA